AUGAAACUAGCAAAAGAAUUUGUUGCAUCUCUUCGUUGGGUUAAUAAGCGAUUUGAUCCUUUUUUCGAUGCAUGCUAUUGUAAGAAUUGUUAUCCUUCGGAAUUGCCAAGUGUAAUAGAAGCGGGUAAUGCUGAAUACGUUAUUCCUCGUGGAUGGGUACGUAUAGGUCUUCAUGUUGAUCCAGUUACUGAAGAACAUUAUGCUAUUUGGGAUAAAUGGAUUGUAACUUUUCAUGGAACGACUAUCGUAGCUGCACAUUCUAUUCUUACGAAUCGUCAAUUUUGCUUACCCGGAGAUACACUCAUUGAUGGAACUGUAUUGGGUAUUCGUCCAGGACAUAUUCCAAAUAAAAAACAUAUUUAUACAUCACCGACGAUCGCAUAUUCAAGUUUACCAGUUUACAGUCCAAAAACUCAAUUUCAUUCAUUAAGAACUAAACGUACUUAUGAAGUUCAAAUUGUUUUACAAUGUCGACAAAAACCAAGGUCGUUUACAAUACAAGGUGAAACUGUUGGAGCUAAGACAAAACGUAUUUGUCAAUUUGCAUCUAAUGAAAAAGUUGAAUAUUUUACUGAAAUAAGAGCAUCACUUGUUGCCUAUGGAUUACUUGUACGAUUUCAUAAAGUUUCAGAUGAUUAUGAUUCUUAA